AUGGCGGCAGUGGCAACCGGUGGCAUGGGCGCCGAGAGUAGUGGGUCUAUGGUGGCUGCAGCCGGCAAGAGCAACGUGACCAGUUUCCAGAGGAGGGGUACUAGAGCCAGCGGUACCGACAGCGGCGGCCCUCGACUGGUGUCCAUUGCGGGCACGCGACCGUCGGUGCGGAAUGGACAGCUACUAGUAUCAACCGGGCUCCCAGCCCUGGACCAGCUCUUAGGUGGAGGUUUAGCCGUUGGAACAGUUCUUCUUAUUGAAGAGGAUAAAUAUAAUAUUUACUCACCUUUGCUCUUCAAGUAUUUCUUGGCAGAGGGAAUCAUCAACGGGCAUACUUUGUUGGUCGCGUCUGCUAAAGAAGACCCUGCUGACAUUUUACAGGAACUUCCUGCGCCAUUAAUUGAAGAAAAUAGUAAAAAAGAAUUUGAUAAAGAUGAAGGCAAUUGUAAAACACUGGAAUCUAAUAUUAAGAUGAAAAUAGCUUGGCGUUACCAGUUGUUACCCAAGAUGGAGCAGGUUAAACCAACAUCAUCUUCAAGAUUUGGUCACUAUUAUGAUGCAUCAAAAAGGAUACCACAAGAACUAAUUGAGGCUUCAAAAUGGCAUGGGUUUUUUCUUCCAGAAAAAAUAUCUUCACCUCUUAAAGUAGAACCCUGUUCUUUGACCCUUGGCUACAUAAUGCUGCUUCAGUUCAUCCAAAACAUUAUUUAUGAGGAAGGAUUUGAUGGAUCCAAUCCCCAGAAAAAACAGAAAAACAUUUUAAGAAUAGGAAUUCAGAAUCUUGGCUCACCUUUAUGGGGAGAUGACAUUUGUUGUACAGAAAACUGUGACAACAGUCACAGCCUUACCAAGUUCCUCUAUGUUCUUCGUGGUCUUCUGCGAAACUCUCUUUCAGCCUGUAUUAUCACCAUGCCAACACAUCUUAUCCAGAACAAAGGAGUUAUUGCUCGUGUUACAAACUUGUCAGAUACAGUAGUUGGUCUGGAAUCAUUUAUUGGUUCUGAGAGAGAAACUAACCCAUUAUAUAAGGAUUAUCAUGGUUUGAUUCAUAUACGGCAGAUUCCUCGGCUUAAUAACUUGAUUUGUGAUGAAUCAGACGUCAAAGACUUAGCUUUUAAAUUAAAAAGGAAGCUAUUCACCAUUGAG